AUGGCUGCCAUGUGUCCAACCAGUGGCCAUCCUGCCCCACCCCGCCCCACCCGCCCCCACCGCCAUGAGAUGAGCGACACUCAGGACUUUGCCACUUUCCCCGUGGUUGCCACCCAGGUGAAGCUGGGGGGCCGGAGCAGUCAGGGUGAGGGCAGCCCGGCUCUCCACCCGCGCCCACACCAGGAGCUCCAGGUCUUCCUCAGCCUUUUGGAGCACAGUUUCCUGCAGGAAUUCCUUUCCAGAGAUCCCUGUUUCCAGAUUUCAGAUAAGUAUCUCCUGGCCAUGGUGCUGGUCUACUUCCGGCGCGCCAACCUGAAGCUCAGCGAGUACACCCACAGCAACUUGUUCUUGGCACUUUUUCUUGCAAAUGACAUGGAGGAAGAUCUGGAGGACCCUAAAUGUGUGAUUUUUCUGUGGGCCCUGGGAAAAGACUGGCGUUGUCGGGUGGCAGACUUCCUGCAUCAGAGGGAUAAGCUGUGGGCCCGGAUGGGCUUCCGGGCCAUGGUGAGCCGCCAGUGCUGCGAGGAGGUCAUGGCCAAGGAGCCGUCCCAUUGGGCCUGGACUCGAGAGCGGCGUCCCCACCACGGAGGGGCUCGGAGGGGCUGCCCAAAGGCCCGGGUGCCCCUGCCUGGAGGCCCCGGCCUCUCGCCUCCUCACUGUUCCCUCUGUGGUUUGCUCCCUGCCCGCAGCCCCUGCGGCCACCAGCCCCGCCCCUUGCCUAUCUUAUCCAAGUGUCCUUCCCCGAACCCUGAGUGCCAUUGCCCCCCCUCCCAAGCGUGUCUCUCAGUGGCUGAAGAGCCCUUGAUGGGGGGCUUCCUCAUCAUCCUGCCCUCUAAAGUGCAGCUGCAGCCAGGCACCUAUACUCUCCACGUCCUCCCAAAGCCUCCACUGUGCCCUAGGCGCUGACAUUCCCAGGGUGAAGAGCAGCGCACCUGCUUGUCUGCUGACCCGAGCCCUCCUGGCUAUGCCCUCCCCCUCCCCCC